CCUUCACAUCGCUUGAGGUUUGGACCCGAAAUCUGUGAAGUUCAGCUUUGUGUCUCAGGUCGGAGUCCCUUUACCUUUUCAAAUGCAGAGGCUUGGGUACCACUGAGGCCAGGUCUGCCAUGGAGCUGAGGUUUCAUUUCGGACAAUUUGCUCGUGCUGCUGUUCCGAGGACCACCGUUUGGCAGCCACCACUUUGCAAAGUGUGGAACUGUAGACAUGAAGCAACCCUCUGAGGCUCAACCGGGUUGCUGUGCCCAGGAUUUCACCGGGUCGCAGAGCAGAAGCCGGAACCAGGGGCUGGGUCCACAGUCGUGAGGCCAGUAACAGCAGCGGGUGAGGAGGGCACCAGCGGAGUUUCAGGGGUAUUUCAUUAAAGAAGGAAGAUCCUGUCCACUGUGUGGAGAAUGGACUGGAACACAGAGGACCACACAGGAAUUAGCUGUGGAAGGCCAGGUAAGAGGUGCUGGUGGCCUACGCCAUGGCCGAGUGAGGAGAGGGCAGCCAUCAACGGGCCUGAGAGAAUCAGACAAUGCAGUAGGUAGGGCCUGGCUGCCUGUGAGGUCCAGCGAGGGAGGAAUUGAGUCACCCUGAGUUGUGACGUGAAUGAUGAGUAGCUUCUGCCCCUGUGACAGAGCACUGGGGAUGGAGGGAGAGAUCUGGGUGAGCAGUGGGCAGCCCAGACAUUGGGCAGUGGGAGGCUGUGGGACAGAUUUAGGGAUUGUAAGCAUCUAGACGGCUACCAGACCCAAGAUGACCCUGGUCUGCAACACCUUGAGGAAUAUUAUUCUCUUACGCCAGGUUUGGCCAGCUACAACUCACUGCCUGUUUUUGUUUUUCGUUUUUUGUUUUGUUUUUUUUUUUAUUUAUUUUUUAUAGCGCCAAGCUAAGCAAGCAUUUCAGCAGUGAGCUCUAUCCCAGCCACUUAUCUUAGUAAAUGUUGUGUAUUAGUAAAUAUUUUGAGAUUGUGUAAAAACCAUAUGACGUUCAGAGUCUUGUGUCCAUGAAUAAAUGUUACUAGAAUUCGGCCACACAGGUUUGCUUUUGGACUCCGCCAAGACUCUCUCCACGCUAUCGACAGAGCUGAAUGACAGGCAGGGAUGAACUCGUGCCAUGCCGCCCCCUUUCUGCCCCUUCUCCUUGAUGCUUGAUUUUGACACUGACUCCCAAGCCUAACCAUUUGCCAUUUGACACUUUGUAGAAUGAAGACAGUUGCGACCCUGUGACCUAAGGUCUAAAUUGAGACACACCUGGUCCUUUUAGAGAUUAUGAAAGGUGAACUGGAAAGAUGGCUCAGUGGUUAAAGUGCUUGUCAUGCAGGCCUGUUGACCCCCAGAACCACCUAAAGACAGAGGAGAGAAGCAACUCCACAAAGUUGACCUCUGACCUCUACAUGCACACUGUGGCCUGCGCUCACCCAUACCCACAAGUUGUACACAGUAUAAUAAUAAUAAACAAAGUUUUUUUAAAAUAAUAUUGUAACAAGAUAACAUUGUAAACAAGAAAUGGCAGCAGCCUGAGUGGAAACAGUUGUCACAGCUUCUCUUAAGUCUCUGAAGAUGACCUGAGGGAGAGGCCGGAGAUGAGGAUGAGUCCCAGAGGAAAGAGGAACAAGCCACCUGGAUCUGAGUACUGCUGGGGCCAGUUUGGGGGGGCCCAAGACUGUGAGGUGAAGGGGCAAGAUGGCCUCCAGGUAGCUUCCCUGAGAGAAACCAAGGUGAUUGCAGAGUCUUGGUGGGCUGCGCACAUCCAGGUGGCAGCACGGAUGAGCACCAGCAUUUUAUUCUGUGGUCUGAGCAAAGCUACUGAGCUCUCAGUUCUCACUUUUCCUCAGAAGAAGUAUCUGUUUGCUGUGCCGACACCUCACCCGUGUCUUCAAGGCCGUAGAAACGGGAAAGGAGAUUCGGUAUUUACUGACAUGAAUUCUGUGAAAGGAAUAGAUCUGGGGGAGAAGACUUGAAGUUGAGUUUGGGAGGUUUUGUUUGUUUGUUUUGGGGUGUUUUGUUGUGAUGGUGGUGGUUGGUUGGUUGGUUUUUCAAGACAGGGUUUCUCUGUGUAUCCCUGGCUGUCCUGAGCUUGCUUUGUGGACCAGCCUGGCCUCAAACUCACAGAGAUCCACCUGCCUCUGCCUGCCCAAGUGCUGGGAUUACAGGUGUGUGCUACGGCACCCAGUGGCAUUCUUAUUCUCUUAAAUUGAAAUAUAAUUGUGUUUUUAUUGGGGCGGGGAGGAAUGGGAGACAGCUGAGACAGGGUUUGUCUGCAUAGCCCUGGCUGUCCCGGGCUGUAGAUCAGGCUGGCCUUGAACUCAGAGCUCCACAGGCCUCUGCCUCCUGAGUGCUGAGAUUAAGGUGUGUGCCACCACCCACCCGGCCUUUGACAUUUUUUGUCUAUGGGUAUUUUGCCUGCAUGUGUGUCUGUGCACAGUGUCAAUGCAGUUUCUCUGGAGGCCAGAAGACACCAUCUGAUCUCCUGGGGCUGGAGCUAUCAAGGUUGUGAGCUGUCAUGUGGGACCAAGCUCCACACUGAUGGACCCAGGCGUGUGGAUGGAGACCCAGCCGGGAGAAAGAAGAAACUGCUGAAGGGACUGACAUGGGACAACAACGCGGGAGCAGGACCGGCCUCACCCACAGAGAGGUGUCCCGGGUCGUUGGGCUGCUGCUCGCCAUGGCCCUUAUGAACGUGGUCCUUUACCUCUGCCUGGAUCAGUUUUUCAUCUCCCCUGGGCAACCCGCCAGGGACUCUGGGCGCUGUCCUCAGGGUUACUUCAGGAUGGGGCGGAUGAAAAAUUGCUCCCGCUGGUUGUCCUGUGAGGAGCUGAGGACAGAAGUGAGGCAGCUGAAGCGCAUUGGGGAGGGAGCCGUGAAGAGAGUCUUUCUGUCUGAGUGGAAGGAACACAAAGUUGCCCUCUCUCGGCUGACCAGGCUGGAGAUGAAGGAAGACUUCCUCCACGGACUACAGAUGCUGAAGUCUCUGCAGAGCGAGCACGUGGUCACGCUGGUUGGCUACUGCGAGGAAGACGGCACCAUCCUUACCGAAUACCACCCCUUUGGUUCCUUGAGCAACCUGGAAGAAACGCUAAACCUUUCAAAGUACAGAGACGUGAACACCUGGCAGCAGAGGCUGCAGCUGGCCGUGGAGUACGUCAGCAUUCUUAACUACCUGCACCACAGCCCCCUGGGCAGGAGGGUCAUGUGCGACUCUAACGACCUACCCAAAACCUUGUCCCAGUACCUGCUGACAAGCGACUUCAGCAUCGUGGCAAACGACCUGGACGCGCUGCCCCCGGUGGACCGUGACUCUGGGGUACUCGUGAAGUGUGGCCACAGGGAGCUCCACGGGGAUUUUGUGGCUCCAGAGCAGCUGUGGCCCUAUGGAGAAGGCAUGCCCUUCCAGGAUGAUCUCAUGCCCUCCUACGAUGAGAAGAUUGACAUCUGGAAGAUCCCGGAUGUCUCUAGUUUCCUUUUGGGGCACGUGGAAGGGAGCGAUAUGGUCCGAUUCCAUUUGUUCGAUAUACACAAGGCAUGUAAGAGCCAGAUCCCUGCAGAAAGACCCACAGCUCAGGAUGUCCUGGACACUUACCAAAAGGUUUUACAUUCACUCAGAGACACCGUGAUGUCUCAGACAAAAGAAAUGCUGUAAAAAUAAGCCAUGGAGGCCAGCUGUGGUUGUGCAUGUCUUUAAUCCCAGCACUUGGGAGGCAGAGCAGGAGAAUCUCUGGGAGUUCGAGGCCAGCCUGGUCUACAGAGCGAUACAGAGUUCCAGGACAGCCAGAGCAAUACAGAGAAAUCCUGUCUCAAAAAACCAAAAAAUAAGCCAUGGAGUGAUGGGCUUUAUGGAGAAAUGGCAUUCCAGACAGUCUACUCUUGAUGAGCUUCAUGUUUUGUUGACUUUAGCUGUUCGGCCAUGAAGGCCCAUCUCUACAUUCGCCUGCACAUUUUGAGUGUUCUGCUCUCCCGGCAACCUGGAUAGAAGUUGUGGAGCGAGAAAACCUUGCUCCACUGUGCUGCCUAGAGAAGAUGCAGAGAAUUGGUGCAUAUAUACAGUGUUUAAAGGGAAUGAUGAAACAGUAAUCUUGCAGCCAUGGUGCCUACCCAGGUAACAGGUAUUACAGACUGGUGGGAGAUGGAAAUCUUUAGAUGGCCAUUCGUGGAAAACAAAAACAAACAAACAAAACACCAGUUCUUCAGGGAGCAUCUCCUAAUUCAGAAAGUCCUGUCGGAAGAUCCCUGAUAGGGAACUUGCCUGGUUACGUGCAAAGCCGUAAAUCUGACCCAAAGCAUGCACAUUUGACACACUCAUGCUCAAAGACCAUUCUGGGUGUCCAAAGUGUUCCCGCCCACCC